UUAUCAUUAUAAUUUAUUUUUCAUUUAUAUUUUUACUGUGAAAUGUAAUAGUUUAUUUAUUUAUUUUUAUUAUUACUCGUGUAUGAAUCAAACGGGCCGAAAUGUCUACUGAAAUUAUUGAAAAAGAAAGACCUGUAAAAAUUGAACAAACACGAAAAUAUAGAUUCAACAGCGAAACUACAAACAUAAUUGCAUCAUCCCUUGUUUAUUUGGCAAAACGGAAUAACAAAAUUAUUAAAGUUGAAUUGAUAAAAUUAUUAUUAGAUAGUUUGGGCAGAUUCUAUAGUGAAGAUCUAAUUAAUAAUUAUGUCAGAAAUAAUUCAAUUAAUAUUCAAUUUGCUAUUUAUAAUUUUGAUGAUGUUAAAAUGUUGAUCCACUCUGAUGAAACUAUUAAUUUGGCCAAAUUUGUACUUGAGAAUCCAAUUUCAUCAUCUAACAUAAACUCUGUGGCUAAGAAAUAUAUAGAUGGUGCAUCUAAAUACAAAAAAAAAAGUAAAUUAAUAAAAAGGAAAAUGUUAAAAACUAUAAUUAAUAAAAUAAAUUCAAAAACUUUUAACAGUUACAUGUUACUAAAUUCAAAAGAAGUUGAACCAAAUUUAUACACUGGUAAUGACAACAAAUGUUAUGCAAGUAUAAUAUUUAAAGAUACAGAAUUAAUUUCAUUAUUAAAAGAUCAACUGGCAUCUUUAAACAUACCAUACUGGGUAUGGUAUAAGCUGAUACAAAAUCCAAAAGUUGACAAUAAACAAUUCAUUUGGAUCAUAAAUGAAUUGUUUAUUAAUAAAUGGGAUAAAAUGAACAUAUUUGUCAUUGAUGAAGUCUAUGAUACGCAUGCACUAAGGCAUAAAAUCAGUAAGGCAAUAUUGUUGCAUAUUAAAUGUUGCCAAAUGAAAAUAGUCCAUGAAUUUGUGAGCAUACUGAACAAUUGUAAAAAAGGGAUUUCAACAAUUAAUGGACAUUCAUACUAUUCAUUGAUAAGAUUUCAUUUUUUGAAAUGCAUAGAAAACAUAAAGCAAUACCAUCAUAAACUGUAUUUUGAUGCUGAUAAUGUCGAUUCGUCUCUUGAGAAAACUGCCAACACCAUCAUAAUAGAGACAUUGGAUGAUCAUGUGAUGGAAUUUCAAUUAGAUGUGUAUUAUGUUGAAUCAUCAACAUUGACAUUUGAUGAAAUAUUAAUAAUCGUUUUUUUGAACAAAUAUACCAUAAAUUCUUUAUCAGAAUAUCACACGAUGAGAUAUUUAUGUGAUUCGUUUGAAUUGUUGAUGACCAUAGUCACAAUAAGUGGCAAAAACAUAUACACAAAUUGUAAACCAUUCAUGAAACAUGUACUAGAUAAUCUUAUAAAAAAAAAAAUAGUGAAUAAAUUUUUAAAGAACAAUUAUGCAUACUUAUAUACACUUAAUUAUAAUAAUGAUACUACAAAAACAACCAUACUUAAAUAUUGCUCUUUGAAAACUAAAGAUAUUUUUAGCAAAAUAAAUAAUAUACAAGCUGAAGAAUUUAUAACAUAUGCAAAAUUAUUUAGGAUUAAUUUGAUUUACAGAUGA